GAACAAAUGUCAUAACAUUCAACACGAUCCAACCGGAAUUAUUCUACACAAAUCUUUCCACGUCAUUUUCCACCAGAAUUUUGUUCCAAAUUCGCCUAACUUUAUUAUAAAUAACAACAUUCCAAGCCUUUUCAGAGCACUAAAGCGUAUAAAACAAAAUUCCUGUGCGUUUUCUACCAAUCUCAAAAUGAAUCGAAAUAACGAAGUGUCCGAGCUGAUCGAUGUGGAAAACGCUUUUUACAUCGGCAACUACCAAACAUGCAUAAAUGAGUGUAACAAAAUAUCGAAACCAUCGCUCGAGAAGGAUAUCUUCAUGUACCGGUCCUACAUAGCGCAGCACAAGUAUCGAGUAGUGUUGGACGAAAUCAAAUCGUCGAACGAUACGCCGCUCCUCGCCCUGCGCUAUCUGGCCGAGUACAUGUCCGUCAGUGGCCGGAAGGAAGCGAUUGUGUCGAUGUUUGAUGAAAAAUUCCAAGGCGAUAUCAACGAGCUGCACGUCGUGUGGAUAAUCGUUGGAGCUAUCAUUUACUGCAAUGAGGAAACGUACGAAACCGCUAUGAAGGUACUGGUAGGUAAUUUCAACCUCGAGUGCCUUUCACUGCACAUGCACUGUCUGCUGAAAAUGUCUCGAGUAGAUUUGGCGAAACAGGUCGUCACAACGAUGCAGGAAAAGGAUGAUGAUGCCACACUGACGCAGUUGUCUCAAGCCUGGCUUAACAUUCAAAUCGGUGGUGAAAAGCUGCAGGACGCAUUCUUCAUCUUUCAAGAUCUGUGCGACAAGUUUUCGCCCACGCUUCUGCUGCUGAACGGUCAAGCCGUGUGUUACAUAGGGCAGCAAAAAUAUGAUGAUGCGGAACAGGUACUGCGCGAAUGCUUAAACCGUGAUCCCAACAACUACGACACGCUGAUCAACCUCCUGGCACUGUCUCAGCAAAGGGACAAAAACAGCAGCCAGUUCAGUCGCUACCUGUCACAGAUACUGGACGACCAUAAGGGUAGCAGCUUGGUGGCGGCAUACAACAAAAGGCAGGCCGAAUUUGAUCGGCUGGUGCUACAAUUUGGACCUUCCAACACCAAAUCGAUCGAUGAAAUAGUCGCUUAAAGUAAACAUUCGUGUGCGUAUAAUUUUUAAAAUGUAUUCCAACACUUUACUGCUAAUGUAUUCGUUUGUGAACAACCGAA